UUUCCUAUUAAGACAAACUUUCAAGUUGCAACAUAGAAAAGGUGAAAUGGAUUCUUAUUCAUAUGCUAUUUCUUCUUCUUCUAAUUCUAAUUCUUCUUCCACAUAUCCACAAAAAGUGAAGAAAAAUAAAAAAUUAGCCUCAUAUCAUUCCUCACUUCAUGGAGUUAGAAGGCUCCCAUCAAAACCAAUGACUAAACUACCAAUUGCACCAUUGCCACCAACACCUCUUAAAAUCUAUACAGUUGAUCCUAAGAAUUUCAAGGAAGUUGUCCAUAUGCUCACUUCAUCUCCCGAGUUCCAAUCCAUCUCUAAUAAUUCUAUCUCUAGUUUUGACUCUGGUUCUGGCUGUGGCUCUGAUUCUGGUUCUGGCUCUGGCUUUAUCUCUGGCUCUAAUUCUUUUAAUUCGAGGCGUUUACAAGAUAUUGCUCCUCCUCCACUUGAUCUCUUACCAGUUUCAUUACAAAGAAGUAACGACGACAUCAACAACAACAACAAUAAUAAUAAUAACAACAACAAUAAUAAUAAUAAUAAUAAUAAUAAUAAUAUUGUUGCACAAUGGAGCGAGUUCCUUGGCCCUUGUUCUUCUACAAACAACCAAUUUGAGAUGUGUGUUGAUUCAACAACGUUUGAAGAACAAGAAAGAUCACAUAUAACGCCUCAAAUUCCAUCAGAAAAUUAUUUUGGAUCGUAUAGUCCGUUGGCUAAUUUUCCUCUAUCACCGGCUUCUUUUGCAUGGUGUUCUUCUAUACUUUUUAGCCCGGGCACACUUACUUCACCAAGCGCGGUUCAAAUCAUAUGAGUCUUUGUAAUUUAUUACUUUUUGAUGUUUAUUACUAUAGUACUAUUAUUUACUUGUGGGUAGAUCAAGAAUUUGAAUUGGAAUAUCUAAAUGGAGCUAUCACAAUUCAAAUACUUGAUGAAGUUGCUUUUUUUUUUCUUUCAGAUGUUUUGUAU